CAAUGUAGUAUUUCCGUAUAGAUUAGUCCUUUGUGCUCACAUGCCAUCUUUAUGCAGAUAGACUUAUAGCACGAUAUUUGCUGCUCUUCACUUGCUUUCUAUCCGAGUGUGACUGCAGAAGAGCGUAGAUCCUAUCAACUGUCGUUGAAUUCUUAGGAAGCGCUUUAGAGGUUUGUUUAUGCAGCACUACUUUUGUGUACAUCCGAUAAUUUUUUACGAAGUAAGGAAUUAAUUGUGUUUUAUUUCUCGAAAUCAUCAGUUAACUUAAUUUCAUUGUCAAAACGACUUAAUAUCUGUUUAAUCCUAAACUAUUGGACAUGAUUGAUGCCGAAUGUCGAGAAUGGCUGGAGUAUUCCUUGGGUCUAUUUCUUCUGGAUGGCAGUGCUACGCCUUUCUCCUCGCUCCUGUGCUAGCCGCCAUCUUGAAUUUUAAUGUUAAUUUCUGAAAUGUUUUGUUUCCGACGAUAUUUUCGAUUACAGUGUCGUGCCAAUUCUGGAUUUUUUUGAAGGAUUAUCUAAUGUUCCUGCUUAUCCUGGAAUAAAUAUUUAGUGACAGCCCCUAGCUUCCAGUCUUCCCCACUCUGAGUGCUCCCCUCAACUCAGAGACUAAAUGCAACUGGACCAGGGGGCUUGUGGGUAUGAAGUGGCUGGGCCAAUCCAAGAGCAUGGUGUUGAAUGGCAGCAGGUACUCCACCAGUGAGCAGCAGCCCGUGAGCCAGAGCCAGACCCGUUCCCAGCAGCAGCUACACCCACAGAGGAGCUCUCUCCGACCAGGGACUGGCAGCAGGAGAUGUAGCCGCCGGUUCAGUGCGGCCAGCCUGGAGGCGGAGCGACGUUGUAUCCCGUCCUCUGGGAUGACCGCCAAGGAGCUGUGUGAGCACGAUGACCUCACCACCAGCCUCAUCCUCGACCCUUACCUGGGCUUCCAGACACACAAGAUGAACACCAGGUUUCGACCAAUCAAGGGAAGACAGGAAGAGCUGAAGGAGAUUAUUGAGCGGUUCAAGAAGCAUGACAACCUGGAGAAGGCUUUCAGAGCACUCACCUCUGGAGACUGGUCCAGACACCACUUCCUACACAAGUCUAAAGCCCAGGAGAAGCUCUUCAAACAGCAUGUAUUUGUGUAUCUCCGGAUGUUUGCGACUGACAGUGGGUUGAUGUAUUCUCCGCUGUUAUCAGAACAGAACUCAGACAUAGAACCAGACCAGAGCAUCAGAGACCAGAUCAUCAGAGACCAGAUCAUCAGAGACCAGAGCAUCAGAGACCAGAGAAUCAGAGACCAAAGCAUCAGAGACCAGAUCAUCAGAGACCAGAGCAUCAGAGACCAGAGCAUCAGAGACCAGAGCAUCAGAGACCAGAGCAUCAGAGACCAGAGCAUCAGAGACCAGAGCAUCAGAGACCAGAUCAUUAGAGACCAGAGCAUCAGAGACCAUCUCAGCCAAUACAAUCUUCAGCAUCUCAACCAUCUCUGA